CAUUACCAGCUUUACGGGUCUGCCGCUGCAGCGUUUUACAACCUGCGCUGUUUGUCGGCUAACGCGUGCGGAUUGACCUCCGUUGUCGGAUUGCCACUGAUGCCGAACCUGACGUUCCUCCAGCUGAAUGACAACCGUCUCGGGUUCGCGGAGAACAACCCCCAGCUGGCGGCCCUGGCCCGGACCACGCCUAAUCUGAAGCGCCUGACGUUGGCCAAUAACGGCAUCAUCACUGUCCAACAGCUGGAACCACUGAAGAACCUGCCAGCCCUGCGGACCGUGGACCUCUACUCCAAUACCGUCACCAGAGCCCAUCAUCGGCAACUGGUUUUGGCGGUACCGCAGGUCGUGCGUUGGGAUGGUGACGGCGGGGACUUUGAGAGUGACAGCGACGAAGAAAUGAAAGAGCGCUUCAUGUUUAUAGAACCGGCAACGGACAGCGAAGAAGAAGACAAUGACGACGACGAAUCCAUGGCCGAAUCAGAUCACACUUGGAUUUUGCCUGGUGCCGAAACUCCAGACUGGAUGCACAGCAGCGAUGAAGAAAUGCCGGACUCGGGCUCGGAGGCUGAAGACGAAGCAGACGGCAGUGGAGGCGACGACGUAAUUCCGGACUCGUGCUCGGAGGCUGAAGACGAAGCAGACAGCAGUGGAGGCGACGACGUAAUUCCGGACUCGUGCUCGGAGGCGGAGGACGAAGUGGAUGAAGAGGACGGCAGUGACCACGAAGGCGGCGGCCAGGACGACGGCGACAAGAAGGACAGCGACAAUGGCAAGGACGACGACGUUGUUUUGGUUGAGUAAAUUGUUUUUCUUAUUUCGGAAUGCGCUGAUUAUAUUUUGCGCAAUGCUACACCCGCGGGUACACCCACGGUUCAGUUUUCUUGUUGUAAUGGCUAUUCUAUUUACUGUUUCAGUCAUGAUUGUACUAACUGGGUUUCUUCUUGAUAACUAAACUAAUUUUGUGCUUUUUCUGUUAUUUGUACUGGUA